UAUCUCUAAGGCCCAGAAGUCAUUAUAAGGAACUUUGAGGCCUGUUUGUUUGCUGAAAAAGGAUAGAAUGAGAAGAAGGCAAUGCCCCGAGAAAGCUUUCAUCAUCAUCAUGACUCGAUUGCUAGUUACAGACUUGAUUAUAGCGAUGGUUUAACUGCCGUUUAAGGGCGCGCAGACACAGAGCAAGUUAUCAGGAUUCACGACUCUUGAGAUGCUUAGCUUGUUAUCAUGACUGGUUCGCUAAUUGCUACGGGGCAAUGAGCCCUCUCCUUUCACAUGUGAAGGCGCCAAGCUCAUAACUAGUAAUUUCCUUUCUUUUCUUUUUUCCCUCUCCUUUCAAAAAGAGUCGUACCAGACACAGAGUGAGAUAACAACAGGAAGAAAGAAGGAAGCAAAUCCAUCUUAGUAAACCCUAAUUUUAUGUUAAAAAAUGCCCCGAGAAAUCAUCACUCUGCAAGUUGGACAAUGCGGGAAUCAGAUUGGAAUGGAGUUCUGGAAGCAACUCUGCCUCGAACACGGCAUCAGCAAGGAAGGAAAUCUUGAGGAUUUCGCUACUCAGGGAGGUGACAGGAAAGAUGUGUUUUUCUAUCAAGCUGACAAUCAACACUACGUACCACGAGCUAUCCUGUUGGACUUAGAACCCAGAGUAAUCAAUGGAAUUCAAAACAGCGAAUACCGGAAUCUCUAUAAUCAUGAGAACAUAUUUGUAUCAGACCAUGGAGGUGGUGCUGGAAACAAUUGGGCUAGUGGGUACCACCAGGGAGAGCAGGUUCAAGAGGACAUAAUGGACAUGAUUGAUAGAGAAGCUGAUGGAAGUGAUAGUCUUGAGGGUUUUGUUCUAUGCCAUUCAAUUGCUGGAGGAACUGGCUCAGGAAUGGGUUCAUACUUGCUGGAGACUCUGAAUGAUCGCUACAACAAAAAACUUGUUCAGACAUACAGUGUAUUUCCUAAUCAGAUGGAAACAAGUGAUGUGGUGGUCCAGCCAUACAAUUCACUUUUGACUCUUAAGCGGCUUACACUGAAUGCAGAUUGUGUUGUUGUUCUUGAUAACACUGCAUUAAAUAGGAUUGCUGUUGAACGCCUUCAUCUAUCAAAUCCCACCUUUUCACAAACAAAUUCUUUGGUUUCAACUGUAAUGUCUGCAAGCACAACUACUCUACGGUAUCCAGGGUACAUGAACAAUGACUUGGUUGGGCUUCUUGCAUCAUUAAUUCCAACUCCUAGAUGCCAUUUUCUAAUGACAGGAUACACUCCACUCACUGUGGAGAGUCAGGCUAGUGUAAUUCGCAAAACUACAGUAUUAGAUGUCAUGAGAAGACUUCUGCAGACUAAGAAUAUCAUGGUUUCCUCUUAUGCACGAACAAAAGAAGCAAGUAAAGCAAAGUACAUAUCAAUAUUAAAUAUCAUUCAAGGAGAGGUGGACCCUACUCAGGUUCAUGAAAGUUUACAAAGAAUACGUGAAAGAAAGCUUGUUAAUUUUAUUGAGUGGGGUCCUGCAAGUAUUCAGGUUGCAUUGUCCAGAAAGUCCCCAUAUAUUCAAACUGCUCAUAGGGUUAGUGGUCUUAUGCUAGCAAGCCACACUAGUAUAAGGCACCUCUUCAGCAAGUGUUUGACCCAGUAUGAGAAAUUGAGAAAGAAACAAGCCUUCCUUGACAACUAUCGGAAGCUCCCCAUGUUUGCAGAUAACGAUCUUUCUGAAUUUGACGAAUCUCGAGAAAUAAUAGAGAGCUUGGUUGAUGAGUACAAAGCUUGUGAAUCACCAGAUUAUAUCAAAUGGGGAGUGGAGGACCCGGACGGGGUUUUAACUGGAGAAGGCAAUGCAACAGGAAAAUUGGAUCCUAAACUAGAAGUGUAGCCUAUUCAAGGGAACCAAUGGAGCAAAAUUGAAUUUAUUUUAUGAAGAGUUCUCCACAAGUAUAGUCCGAUCCAAUUAGUGGAUGUGAUUAACGUGCUUGUCAUGGUUGAAAUCCAGUGUGAAAAUGGCAUAGCUCUGGGGCUACAACAUUGGUUUUGCCUUUGGAGGUAUUUUGCAUGUGAUCAUGCUCACUUGCUGCAUGUUUACGACUAUUUAAUUUCUCCUACAGGUUUGUAUAGCUCAA